AUGGCUGACGCGGGAAGUCGAUCUGCGGAAGCGCCCGGGACGACGCUCAAAAGAGGAAGGAGGCUAUGUAAUACAAUGGUGGUUUAUCCCUCUGCACUGCUUGAUCCGCGGCGUGUGGGUGAAGGUAGGCGGAUCCAUUCGAAGUCCCAAGAGAAUAUAUGUAGACGGUGUGUCCCGGCUAUCAUCGCUAUUGCUGUCGCUGUGAACUUUGCGAUGGCAAAAGACGUUAUGUCGAACGUUCUUGGUGGUCGGCUUGACCUCACUGGAGGUGGUUACAUGGGUAAUGGGUACAACGAUUCCAUGAAGAAGCAUUACGGCUUCAUUGCUUUUCGUCCACAGAUGUCCUUCAAGGUCACACAAGAUACUCCUAAUCAAGAUGGCAGGAGCUCGGCUUGCUGUGUGCAGGCAACGAAGGCAUCGAAUCCAAGCCCGUGGGACACUUAUUUGAGGCUUGAAGCCGGCCAAAGGGAUGAAAAUGUAGCUUUCUGCUUUUUGCGCGGUUACAGCUACUCUCAACCACAGGGCACAGUAUUUGGAUCCCUUUUCGGCACCCUUUUGGUGAUAUUUGGCAUAGGAUUGUUGGCCUACUCCUGUUUUCUCCCACGUCGUUGCAAGCGAUCACCAUCGGAUGUAGACGAGGUUGACAAGGUUCCAUCGUCGCCGCCGCCACCACCACCACCACCACAGGAUUUUGUCACCGUGGGAGCUGGGCACCUGCCUUGGAUUUGCACGUACCCACCUACCCGACUCCCAUCCCAAAAGCUCAUCCAUACCCGUGAUCGUUGUGCUGAGUUCCAUAUUGAGACCUUGCUAAAAGUCGAAGCCUCCGUAGUGAGUCUUCGUGGACUCAGCCAUUCACUGCAGAUGCUUCUCCUAUGUGGAGCUUAG